GGAAAAUGGCAACUACCUUGUCAAGUAGCGUGGUAAAUUCAGGUGGUUUUGUAAGUAUUCCAAUAAAGUUUUCAGAGAAAAGUAAUUCUAAGAGUUAUUUGUUUUGUAAAGACCACAGAGUGAGAGAAAGGCAUGAAUGUAAACCUCAGGAUCGGACUUUGUUUGUUGCAAACGUUCCAUCUUACUGUGAUAAAGAAUGUAUGAAAAAUAUAUUUCGUGAUUGUGGAAUUGUGGAACAAGUCUUAUUCCAUAAAAAACCCACGGCAGGACUACCUGCAGAAAAUACAUCAAACUUUUUUAUAAAUGAACAGCCUAUCAAAGGUUAUAAGGUAGCGUAUAUUGUUUUUAAGAAACCAUCAGGAUUAAGAAAUGCUUUGAACUUAAUGUUAAAUAUAAAGGCAUCAGAAUGUGAGCCUCAAAUUCUUUCACCCCAGACUCAUCUUUUACCAGUUGGUAUCAAAAAGUGGUGUCAAGAAUACAAUGAUAAGGUCCCAGACAUAAAAGCUCUAAAAGAAGAAAUUGAUACUUAUAUGUCAGAUUUUGAUAAGAUAGUAGAAGGAGAAAAAAACCAGGCAAAACAAAUGGAAGGUGUACCAGAUGAAGAAGGAUGGAUCACAGUUACAAAACAUGGAAAGAAAUCUGUUGCUCCAAGAACGGACACAUAUCAAAAGAAAGUGUUAGCCAAAGAGAAAAAGAAAAGAUCUCAGAAAGAACUCUUGAACUUUUACACAUUCCAGGUGAAACAAUCCAAAAUGGAACAUCUGGCAGAACUUAGAAAGAAAUUUGAAGAAGACAAGCAACGAAUUGCAUUGAUGAAAGCUGCAAAAAGUUCAAGAAAAUUUAAACCAUAUUAGAAGUAAAAUUAGUUAUUUUGUAUGAAUUCACAACUAUGUAGUUUUUCCCAGAAAAUAAAUUCAUUGUCAAAUCUCUGUCAAUUUUUAUCCGAA